AUGGUAGCACAUGAUGCCAACACUGUUAUCGUGGGUGGAACAAACUUUAUUCAUAUAGUAUUUGCUAGGAACUUAAGCAUUAAAAUCUCUCGGAAAAUUGGACCAGAACUAGAUAACCCUAACUGUUUAAGCCUUCAAAAAAAGGACUGUAUUAAGUCAAUAUACAAUAGCUACAUUAAAGUUCUAUUGAUUAACAAGCAAAGGCAAACAGAGGAAGAUGUGCUCAUCAUUUGUACAACGUUAUUUCAAGGCGGCUGUAGAAAGAGAAAUGUCUCAACCUUGGAACUGCUUCCUGGUUUCGAUCAAAUGCCAAGGGCGCCAGUUGUGGCUAAUAAUAGCACCGCUACUACUGUGGUAUUCCUUGCACCAGGGCCCAAAAACUCAACAGCUAUGUAUGUUGGGGCGUCUUGGACAAACACAGGGUUUAGAGGAAUAAGAAGUCUCGUACCUGCAUUUAGCAGUAGAAACACCGAUAACUUUGGUUUCACAUACGCUUCUUUAAUAACAAAAUUAUACACAAUGGUGGAUUCAAUUUACAUGGAUUCAUUUCCCAUUCGAUACGUAUAUGGCUUUGAAUUGGAAAAUUUCAGUUAUAUUGCAACAAUUCAAAGGCGGCAUGUAACUGCAGUUGAAUAUGUGUCUAAAUUGAUACGCGUAUGUCAGUCAGACGAAAAAUUCUAUUCAUAUGCUGAAACAUCAUUAAGUUGUCUAUAUAGAGGUAAAUCGUAUAAUUUGUUACAGACAGCGCAUAUAAGUAAACCAGGUCGAAAUUUAGCCAGGGAAAUAGGGAUACCAGAAAGUGAAGGUGUUUUGUUUGGUAUGUUUGGAUACGGUAAUCCUAAUGAUUAUUCAAAAAAAGUAGAAGAAUCUGUUCUGUGCAUCUUUCCUAAUUAUUACAUAAAACAAGUGUUUACUCGUAAUACAAGGAAGUGUUUUCAAGGCAUUGGGAAAACUGGACCGGAUCAUAUUUUUACCCCAUAUCACUGUCAGUUAACAGUAAGAUUUUAUUUUCAAUUUACACAAAGUAAUAUUAUUCAUAGAAAUUUGGAAACAGAGAAAAAACUAAAACUAAAAAAAGUACAAUCAUCUCUUUUCCAUGACAUUUAA